AAUUUACGGCUAGUGACCCCAUCCGACGCUCUCGUGUGAAAACCUUCUUCUGAGCGAACUCUUUACUUUCCCCCAUACACUUCUCUCUUCCCAGUUUGUUUCUCCUUCCCUGCGGAGUGACUGAGAAAAUGGUGGAGCCGGUGGCCGGAAACCGCGACGAAGAGAUGCAGCUGCUGUCUCAGCCGGCCAGUGCCGAGCACUCCUGGCGGCUGAACUUCGACGGCUUCAACUUGUCGACGGAGCACCAGCAGAUGAAGCAGCCCCGCGGACUCCACGACUAUUGCCUUGGCGUUUUAGGUCCUGAAGAUACAGUGGCUGAGUAUUAUCAACAGCAGGUAGAAAUGCUUGAAGGUUUUAAUGAAAUGGACGCUUUGACGGAGCGUGGUUUUAUUCCUGGAAUGUCAAAGGAGGAACGAGAGAAGUUGGCAAACAGUGAAACUUUUGCUAUUAGGAUAUCAAAUAUUGCAAAUAUGGUUCUUUUUGCUGCCAAAGUUUAUGCGUCCAUCAGGAGUGGAUCAUUAGCCAUCAUUGCAUCAACACUGGACUCACUUCUUGAUCUUCUGUCUGGCUUCAUCCUGUGGUUUACUGCAUUCUCAAUGCAGACCCCAAACCCCUAUCAGUAUCCCAUAGGAAAAAAACGUAUGCAGCCACUGGGAAUUCUUGUUUUUGCCUCUGUCAUGGCAACUUUGGGACUGCAAAUCAUCUUGGAGUCAAUGCGCCAGCUAUUAUCUGAUGAUGCUGAAUUUAGUCUGAACAAAGAGCAAGAACGAUGGCUUGUUGGCAUCAUGCUGUCUGUGACUCUAGUUAAAUUUCUCCUGGUUCUCUACUGCCGGUCCUUCGCGAAUGAGAUUGUCAAGGCUUAUGCUCAGGAUCAUUUCUUUGAUGUUGUCACCAACAUCAUUGGUCUCGUUGCUGCUCUGCUGGCUAAUUAUUUUGAUGACUGGAUGGAUCCUGUUGGAGCUAUUAUCCUCGCACUAUACACGAUCCGGACCUGGUCCCUUACUGUCUUGGAGAAUGUGAAUUCCUUGGUGGGGAAAUCGGCCGCUCCUGAGUACCUGCAGAAGCUCACUUACCUGUGCUGGAACCAUCACAAGGCCAUAAGGCACAUUGACACUGUCCGAGCAUACACUUUUGGGUCCCACUACUUUGUCGAGGUUGACAUCGUCCUGCCAGCAGAUAUGCCCCUGCAGGAGGCCCAUGACAUUGGAGAGCACUUGCAGGAGAAACUUGAGCUCCUGCCUGAGAUCGAGCGUGCUUUUGUCCACCUUGAUUAUGAGUUCUCCCACAAGCCCGAGCAUGCUCAUGCUCACGCUUAGGUAUUCCACUAACCAUUAUUAUGACAAAUUUGCUAUUUCAUCCUUUGACCAAGUUUAAACAGGCAAGGGGUGAUACCCUAUUGGAUCCUGAUCGAUUAGCUUGAUCUGAAUGGAUUGAGUCUCCGGCAGGAAACUAGGGAAAAAAAAAAAGAGGACUGCUAAUAUAUCAUUAGAAGUAUGAUAUGUCAUGUACGCAAACGUCUCACCUCUUCAAUAUAUAUCAAAGAAAGCACCUACAUUUUCUGUAGAUAAUUUUUUGAGA